CGUUCAAAAUAGUGGAUUUCAAAAUGCUGAUUUUAUUAUUUGGAUGAGGACUGCGGCAUUUCCUGAUUUUAGAAAACCCUACAGAAAAUUGAAAGACCCUAAUUAUACACAGGGACUUUUACGUGGAAAUUAUACUUUAGAAAUUGGAUAUAAUUAUAAUGUUAGUGCCUUUUCUGGUCGAAAAUCCUUUGUAAUUAGUACAACAAGUUGGCUAGGUGGAAAAAAUCCUUUUUUGGGUUUGUUAUUUUUAAAUUAUUUUUGUAACGAGGAGAGAAAUUUGUAACGAGAAAUUUUUUAUUUAGGUUUUGCAUAUAUUGCUGUCGGCAUUCUUUGUGCCAUUUUUGGUUUUGUAU